UGCGCCCUGGACUCAGGGCUGGCUUCUGAUUGCAUUUCCGCGUCUCCAUAUUAGAUUCUGAUAUUAUUACCUCACGCGAAUCUCUCCCACUGGCCCCUGCCCUUAUGCCGAUCGCCUUGGCGGAUCUGGAACUGUUUCCCAGGCAGAAACCUUUUUACACAGUGCACAGUCGUUAUCUUCUGAUUGAUUUCCGAUCGUCGGUGGAUCCCCAUUCCCCCCUCCUCUCCCCUCUUCCUUUUCCCCAUUCUUUUUCCUUUCACCAGCUGCAGUUGACAGACCUGGCUGCAGAUUUUCCCUGCCCCUCCUCAUCACUUAAAAUCUACUAUAACUCUAUCGCGCUGGAUCACGAUGGAGAAGCUGAGGUCUAAAAUCGAUCACUUGGAGGAUCAUCUCAAAGACACUCACAUUGAGAGUUUCGAGGCAAAGGCCUCUCAUUUCAAGCACAAAGUCGGCAAAUUUUUCAACAUCAUUAACCCCAAUCAUCGCCAUGAUGAAGCGCACGAACAGGAGACAGACCGCAAGAGAGCCGCCAUUUCCGAGUCCAACCGGUUCCAAUCCUUCGCCCCCAUCCGUGAAGGCAACCGGGUCAAGUGGUAUGUAGAUGCGCUCGACUAUAUGUGGGCCGUCUCCAUUGCUCUGGAAGAGGCUCAGGAGGUCAUCUACAUCGCCGACUGGUGGCUCUCUCCAGAACUCUUCCUCCGUCGGCCUGCGUAUGCGCAUCAGGAAUGGCGAUUGGAUCAGGUCCUCAAACGCCGCGCAGAGGCCGGGGUGAAGAUCUACGUCAUUGUGUAUAAGGAGGUGAAUCAAGCAUUGACCUGUAACUCGGCUCAUACGAAGCAUGCCUUGCGCGCACUAUGUCCGGAGGGCUCGCCCGGCUACGGCAACAUUAAAGUCCUCAGACAUCCGGAUCAUAACAUCUUUGAGAAUGCUGCAGACAUGACUCUGUACUGGGCACAUCAUGAGAAGUUUCUUGUCAUUGAUUAUGCGUUGGCGUUCAUUGGAGGUAUCGAUCUGUGCUUCGGAAGAUGGGAUGCCCAUCAGCACCCUCUGGCAGAUGUUCACCCUUCCAAUCUGAAAGACGAAGUCUUCCCCGGACAGGAAUUCAACAAUAAUCGGAUCAUGGAUUUCCAGAGUGUGCAAGACUGGCAGCAGAACGAGCUCAGCAAAGCGGAGUACGGUCGGAUGCCUUGGCAUGACGUUGCCAUGGGUGUGAUGGGUGACUGUGUGUACGACAUCGCAGAGCACUUUGUUCUUCGCUGGAACUUCAUCAAGCGGGACAAGUAUAAACGGGACCAUGGCGUUGAUUGGCUUAUGCUUGAGGGUCGUACCGGGGAGGACGAGGAUCUGGUGGGAGUACAACGCCCGAAAUACCCUUGCGGCGACUACGUGCAACACCCCCUGAAGCCUCUCGAUACGAAGCCCCUUGGCAAGCAGGGAUUUGCGCGAGCACAGAUCGUGCGCAGCAGCGCUGAUUGGAGUAGUGGCAUCCUGACCGAGCACAGUAUUCAGAACGCCUACAAGGAGAUUAUCAGCCAGGCCCAGCAUUUCGUCUACAUCGAGAACCAGUUCUUUAUCACUGCUACUGGAGACCAGCAGAAACCCAUUCUGAACACAAUCGGGCGGUCGAUCGUCGAUGCAGUCGUGCGAGCGGGCAAGGAAGGAAGGAAGUUUCGCGUGAUCAUCGUCAUCCCCGCCAUUCCCGGGUUUGCAGGCGACCUCAGACAGAACGCCGCGACCGGCACACGCGCGAUCAUGGACUACCAAUACAAGUCUAUUCAUCGCGGCGAGCACUCCAUUUUCGGGCAGAUCUCUGCCCAGGGUGUAGACCCGAGACAACACGUCUUCUUGUUCAAUCUACGGGCCUAUGACCGUAUCAACAAGACUCCUGCUCUCGAAAGUUUGGAGAAGGAGGCCGGCGUCACGUACAAUGACAUCCAACGUGGAAUUGCAGAGUCCAUUAUGAGCGACAGUGUCCACCCUGCCAUUGACAAUGAAGGAGACAAGCAUGAAGUUGGAUAUGAUAACGCGCAACAGGAGAAGGAGGCACGAAUUGACCAGUUGCGCAAGUACGAAGAGCAAGUCGAACGCCAUAGGGAGCAAGAGGGCUUGAAGGGCUGUGACACCGUGGCCCACACCACAAUGCUCAACGGCGGUAGAAUGUCCGACGAGCCCUGGGACGGCGAGCCCGACGCGGAGAUAGACAACAUUGUUCAAGAGGAACUUUAUGUGCACGGCAAGGUGUGCAUUGUCGAUGACAGAAUCGCCAUUUGUGGAAGCGCCAACAUCAAUGAUCGGUCUCAAUGUGGCUACCACGACAGCGAGUUAGCCAUCGUUGUAGAAGACCAAGACUUCAUCGAUAGUACCAUGGAUGGUCAGCCAUACAAGGCCGCCCGGCUUGCGGCAACCCUGCGUCGGCAACUGUGGCGCGAACACCUCGGCCUGCUUCCCUGCCAGGAAUACGAUGCAUCGCAACAUCCCAACGCCCAGCCUCCGUACGCGUGCAUGAAUCAGAUUCUCGAGGGGCCGGAGAAUGACUUCGUCACGGAUCCCAUGAACGACGCACUGUGGGAGUUGUGGACCAACCAGGCCACCGUCAACACCGACAUGUACCGGAUGCUCUUCCGCGCGGAUCCCGAUGACAAGAUCCUCACCUUUGAGGAUUACGAUCACUUCAUUCCUAAGGGCAUCAAGCAAGGUCAUUUGUCUGAUCCUUACCAACCUAUUCAGGACACUCGUGAGAGGCUCGACAAGAUCAAGGGACAUCUGGUUUGGAUGCCGUUGGACUUUUUGAAGGAUGCUAAUAUGGCCGAACCUGGUUUGCAGGUGAACCAAAUCACCGAGAGUAUUUACACCUGAUUGACGGUGCUUUCGUGAAAUCUACGUGCCUCUGGCACGCAUCUAAUCUCUUAAUCAUCUGCUUCACAUCUACAAUGCAUAUUCCCUAGUGGUCUUUUGUAGUCUAGGAUGACCAGGAUAUUGUAAUAGUAUUAUGCAUUAUUCACAGUCUCCAUAUAACCGAAUAGCCCGAAGCAGG